AAGCACAAGCGUGUAAGCUAGUUUAUCCUUCACUUCUCUUCUUCUUUCUCUCAUAUUCUUUCUUUUCUUUUUGAUUUAUCAUUAAUAUAUUUUCUCUCUAUCUCUGAAACAGACAGAGUUGGUCUCUGGAUCGGCCACAUCUAAGAGAAACAAAAUACAUUUUACUAAAGAAUCUGAUGGAAGAAAAGCAAUUAGAUUUAAAUCAGCCAUUUCUAUCUGUAAGGAGGUUUUCAUCAACAGUAGCAACUGCAGAAGUGGAUAACAAAAGGCAAAUUGACAAUGCUCUCCCCAAAGUACCCCGUCUUCCUGUAUACAAAUCUGAAUUGAAAUCAGGUCCAGUAAGAAAUCCAGGAACUGUUCCUUUUGUAUGGGAGAAAACUCCAGGAAGACCCAAGUGUGAAAGCAAACCACAAAUUAUGGCCCAUGAAAUUCCUCCUGUUGUCCCAAAGCUUCCACCUGGACGGAUUUUGAAUGUUGAAAGGCAAGCCUUGGAUAGAAGUACUGAACGUGCAACAACCGCUGGUCAAUCUGAAACGAGAAAUGUCCUUUUGGAUACAAAUGUAACUAAAGAGGAGAGCUCUAGAGAGGGAAUGGAGGAGACAGAUAUUUCUGGUUCAGAGGAUGAUGAUGGCAUCUAUGUAGAUGCACUUGAUACACUUUCCCGGAGUGAAUCAUUCUUCUUGAAUUGUAGUGUAAGUGGUGUGAGUGGAUUGGAUUGUCCAGAUAUGAAACCUUCUGGUACUUUCUCGACUGAUCCACAGACUCGAGAUUUCAUGAUGGGUCGAUUCCUGCCUGCAGCUAAGGCAAUGGCGUCAGAAACUCCUCCACAUUAUACUAGGAAGCAACUUGUUGCACAAGAACAACCUAGAAAAAUAACCACGGUCAGUGUACAAAAGCGGCAUUCAUUUGAUCAAUGCAAAAGGAUAAGCAAUACAUCAAAUUGUUCACAAGGUAAUGGAGUGGAAGAAAUUGAAGAUGAGGAUGAUGAUUAUGAUGGACCAGAUAACUCAUCCCUUAAAGUUUGUGGGUUGUUCCCUCGAUUAUACUUACAGAAUUCCUUUUGUCUUUUAAAUCCAGUACCAGGGAUGAGAAAACAGCCCCAAGUACCUAUCUCUUCAUCCCAUAUGAGAAAAGCUAGAUCUUCAUAUCCUUCUCAUUAUGAUCAAACUGUGAAUGAGGAUUGUAAGGAUGCUGCACAAAAGCAUUUAUCAAGGGGUCUACUUGAAACAAGUAUGAAUGAAGAUAAGAGUAAGCUGAAAUCUGAAUCAAAUAAGAGCAGUUGCAGAAAUGAUAAUCAGAAAUUAAAUGGAUCAUCUCUAUACGAGCGUUUGCAGGGUAAUGGCACAUUGCCUUACCAUGACAAGUUUUCUCAAUCUGGCAUUAAUAAAGAAAAAAGAUUUCUAGAGAUCCAUGAAAAAUCUAAAAAUCCUGAAUUGGCUGGCUUUAAUGCACAUGUGAAAAAUGCCAAAAGUUUUGGAGAACUGUUGGCUAAUGAGAACGUUGGAUGGGAAACAACUUCUGCUAGUCCUCUGGUUGAGAAAACUCUGUACAUAGAUUCUGUACAUAUGCUAAAUUCUCAAAUUUCAAAUUCAAGUUCUUCAGAUUUAAAAGGCUCAAUUGAUUACUGCAGGGAUGAUGUUGAGACUGUCAUAAAAAAUGGGGAAAUUGAGGAAACUACUGUUGUUGACUCUUCACCCAAGGAUAUGAAGCAUUUUGUUGCAGUGAGCAAAAAGGCAAAUAUGCCACCUGAAAUUCUGAAGUCCACUGAUUCUUGUCUUUCAUCAUUAUCUGAGAGAUCAACAAACAAUGUGCAAAAAGUCGUUUCAGAUAUUUACAGGCAUGAUGUAAGCCUUAUGGGUAUUUCUACUAUAUCAGGAAGCACAAAAGUGGAUGAUGGCAAGAUAGAAUUGGGUCAGAUAUCAGGUGACUCGGAAGGUUGUAAUGGCAUCAUGCAGGAUCUUAUGAAGAUAGCAAAGACAAAGGUAGCUGAUGAUGGAAAGGUGGGUAUAGAAAGCCAAGUUUGUACAAAAUCAAGUAAUCAAGAUACCCCUAAUGGUGGCUAUUCUUUGCUUCUUCUUCCUCCACCCUUACCAAAAUCUCCUUCAGAGUCUUGGCUAAAACGAACUUUACCUGCUGUUUCCCCAAAGCAUCCAUCUUUGAAGUCUUUUGCCGGUAUGAAUGCAUAUCCUAGAGUUCAGGCUUCCAAACUGCACUCAGCUGAUGCCGAUCCAAAAUGGGAAACCAUUGUCAAAACCUCUAAUGUGGAUAAUGGGCAUCUGCGAUUUUCUGAGGAAUUACUUACACCAAUACCUGAAGUUUAGUCCACAAGUUUCAUCUUCAGUCUAAUGGCUCAAGCAUAUAUAAAUUGCAGCAGUUCCCACCGUGUAUUGAUUUGCAUACUUCUGCUAUCUGCUUUAUAGUUUUUGUCUUCAAAAUGCCGCUUCAGUAGUUUGAAUUUGUACACAAUAUAAUUGUAAAUCAAAAUAACCGAUAUAGUCUUUCUUUUUAUAAGAAGUUAUGAUCAGUUACUGUCUUGUCGAUCCUGUUAUAAGUUUCGAAAUGGGACUUUUCUGUAAAGCAAACAUAAAAGAACUAAGAGCUGAAUUUCUUUGUAAUAAAACUUGAAGAGAAUAAAAUAUGAAUCCUCAUUAUGCAGA